AUGCCUCCUCGUCUCUCCCAACCCGUAAUCACCCUCCGCGUCCUCCGACGUUACUAUUCCUCCUCCACCGAACCUCUCAUCCGCGUAACAAACCUCCCCGCGCCCAACACAGGCCAUAUUCGCAUUCUCGAAUUGAACCGACCAUCAGCUCGGAAUGCCAUCUCUAAAGCUCUUCUAGCGAAUCUUCGCGCUGAGAUUGAUGCUGUGCAUAGUCAAUAUGGACCCAAUGGCGAGGAAUUGCCUCUUCCUCAGCGCUUUGGUGGUGCCGCGGGGGUAGAUGAGAAGGGUCCUACGAGAGCUGUUGUCUUGGCUAGUGCUGUUGAUACAUCUUUUUGCGCCGGCGCUGAUCUCAAGGAGCGCAAGGGAUUUACUCCUGGAGAGACUGCCGAGUUUCUUACAAACCUGCGCAACACCUUCACAGCUCUUUCCAACCUCCCCAUCCCGACCAUCUCAGCCAUUUCCUCCGUCGCACUCGGCGGCGGUCUCGAGCUCGCCCUCUCCACACACUUCCGAGUCCUCAGUUCCAACGCGACAGUCGGUCUUCCAGAGACACGUCUCGGCAUCAUCCCCGGCGCAGGCGGCACCCACCGUCUCCCCGCUCUCAUCGGUCUCUCACGCGCCCGCGAUCUGAUCCUCACCGGCCGUCGAGUCGGAGCUCCCGAGGCAUACUUCCUCGGUAUCGCGGAUCGCCUUGUUGAAGUCGUGCCCGAGGAUGAGCGCGAUGGCUCUGAUAUUCUUGGUGAGGCCAGGAAGGCGGCCUUGAGUGAGGCUGUGAGACUGGCGCAGGAGAUUUGCGAGGGAGGUCCUAUUGGUGUGAGGGCGGGACUUCAGGCUGUUGCUUGGGCGAGGGAAGAGGUCGAGAACAAGAUGUAUGAGCGAGUGGUCAACUCCGAAGACAGGAAUGAGGCCCUUAAGGCAUUCGGAGAGAAGAGGAAGCCUAUCUUCACAGGUCGAUAA